AUGAACAAACUAUAUGUUGGGAACCUGAGUCCUUCGGUCACCGUCGAGGACUUGAAGCAGCUCUUUGGCGAGAGGAAGCUGCCAGUGGCCGACCAGGUCCUGCUGAAAUCCGGCUAUGCUUUUGUAGACUUCCCCGACCAGAACUGGGCCAUAAAGGCUAUUGAGAGUCUCUCCGGUAAAGUUGAGUUACACGGGAAGCUGAUAGAAGUAGACUACUCUGUCCCCAAAAAGCUAAGGAGUCGGAAGAUCCAGAUCCGGAACAUUCCCCCUCAUCUACAGUGGGAGGUUUUGGAUGGACUCCUAGCUCAGUGUGGUACAGUAGAAAACGUGGAACAAGUGAACACUGAUACAGAAACAGCUGUGGUGAAUGUCACGUACGCUACAAAGGAGGAAGCCAAAGUAGCCAUCGAGAAGCUGACAGGACACCAGUGUGAGGACUACUCCUUCCGAGUGUCAUAUAUUCUGGACAUGGAUGCUGCUCCACCCCUCCAGGCUCCUCGCAUGCGACGUGGGGGACGAGGGUCCCGGGACCAGGAUGCCUCUCAGCCUGGGCCCUCGGGCGGCCUGGGUGGACCUCGACAUAAGCAGCAUGAUUUCCCCCUCCGCAUGCUCGUGCCUACCCAGUUUGUGGGAGCCAUCAUUGGCAAGGAGGGCCUGACCAUCAAGAAUGUCACCAAACAGACACAAUCCAAGGUGGACAUCCAUCGGAAGGAAAAUGCAGGUGCAUCUGAGAAGCCCAUCACCAUCCACUCCACCCCUGAGGGCUGCUCCUCUGCCUGCCGCAUGAUAAUGGAUAUCAUGCAGAAGGAGGCCAACGAGACCAAGACGACAGAGGACAUCCCUCUGAAAAUCCUGGCCCACAACAGCCUGGUGGGCCGACUGAUUGGGAAGGAGGGCCGCAACCUGAAGAAGAUCGAGGAGGAGACAGGGACCAAGAUUACCAUCUCCUCGUUACAAGACUUAACCAUCUACAACCCUGAGCGGACCAUCACGGUGAAAGGCAGCAUGGAGGACUGCUGCAAAGCAGAAGUGGAGAUCAUGAGGAAGCUGAGGGAAGCCUAUGAAAAUGACAUCGCUGCUAUAAAUCAACAAACCAACCUUAUCCCAGGCUUGAAUCUGAACGCCCUGGGCAUCUUCUCCUCUGGUCUGUCGGUGCUGCCCCCUGCUGCAGGACCACGUGGUGGAGUGCCCCCAGUGGCGCCGGCAGCAUACAACCCAUUCUUGAGUCACUCUUCACAUCUCAGUGGCCUAUACGGGGUUCCUCCAGCAGGUGCCAUCACCCACCAGCACUCAGUACAGCAACAGGCUCCUGAACAGGAGGUGGUCUACCUCUUUAUUCCAACUCAGGCAGUCGGGGCCCUGAUUGGCAAGAAGGGCCAACAUAUCAAACAAUUAGCCCGCUUCGCUGGAGCGUCCAUCAAGAUUGCCCCGGCAGAGAGCCCAGAUGUAACUGAAAGGAUGGUCAUCAUUACUGGGCCCCCAGAAGCUCAAUUUAAGGCCCAAGGCAGGAUAUUUGGUAAGCUGAAAGAAGAGAACUUUUUCACAGCAAAGGAGGAAGUUAAACUGGAGACUCAUAUCAAGGUUCCCUCAACUGCAGCUGGCAGGGUCAUUGGAAAAGGUGGCAAGACAGUUAAUGAGUUGCAGAACCUUACUAGCGCUGAGGUCAUCGUACCACGGGACCAAACUCCAGACGAGAAUGAUGAGGUCUUUGUGAAAAUCAGCGGGCAUUUCUUUGCCAGCCAGACUGCACAGAGGAAGAUCCGGGAGAUCAUUCAGCAGGUCAAACAGCAGGAACAGAAGCACCAGCAGGGCGCCCCCGUGCCACCACACCACUCCAAGUGACCGGCGGGGCCGCUCCAGCGGGCACCAGCCAUUGAAUGUAGCCCUCCCAGUGGACAGAGACCUAUCCAAUUGAAGGCCAAGGGGACAUGCAGGGCAGACCAGCAGCACCGGGAACAAAACCAAAGAACUUCAUUGGAGGGAAAUGAGUGAGCCAAAGGCUGAGGGCAUAGUGUGCACUGCCAGCCCUGCGAGGGUAGACAGAGGGGAGAAAUCUAGCUGAUGAAAUCAACUUAAAAGUAAAAAAAAAAAAAGUAAAAAAAAAAAAUCAUUAGGAUGGGUGGGAAAUGGCAGAAAAUUGGACAUCUGUUGUCUUCACAGUAAAAAAAAAAAGAAGAAAAAAAAAAAAGAAGGAAAACAGGAACUAAUAUGUGGCCCUGCGUACCGUUAUCUCUUUAGUUGGACUAACAUAGGCCUGACAGACAGGCGAAGAGCCGUACUAACUCGGGACGGGGCGUUGAUGCAUUGUGGUAGAUGUGCUGGUUAGAGCGGGAGCGGGUGACAAUGGACACUUUCUCUCACAACAGGUGGCGAUAUUCAUAUUGCAGAAGUUCAGCAUCCUUAGCAGUAUUAAUGCAGAGUAGGGACGGUGUACUGUUACACCCCAGAGCUCGCACCGCCGGGUCUUCACCCGGACGGGACGGCGGCGGGCGCCACUUCAGCGUUUUAGAUUCGUGUUUGUUUCACCCAACGAUUCGGGCCGUGACAUCCGUUUAAAGUAGUAUCCCUUCUUUUGUUCUUAUUGUAGGCCAGCGAAAUCAAAACAGACCCCCCCCAUCCCCCCCACCCCCACCCCAAGAAACACAAAAGUAAAUGGUUCUGAGUCUUGGUAACAAGCCUGUGUGUGUGCCAACGCAAAGGAUAACGUCCCUUCCAGAUGUGUCCUUCAGUCCACGUCUGACGCUUCACUUUUCUUCCUG